AUGGCGGCGAGCAGUUGCCUGGCAAAUGGUGGCAUGUGCUUGUUCAACACGUGCUGCCUCGAGGUGGUGGAGGAAGGCUUCAGCAUCGCUUCCGGCGAAAGAGGCGCGGGCCGCCCCGUGCGCGCCCACGCCGUGCGCCGGCCGGGCGGCGUGGACUUCCUGCGGGUGGGGGGUGACCUGCCGAGGGAUCCGGAGGAUUCCUCAGCCUUGGCGCGGCCCAAUGUUGACAUGCACAGCGACUCCAAGUUCAGCACCUGCCGGUGUGACAGGCAAGAGAAGGCCUUCUACGAAUGGCGGAAUUCGCUGCCGGCAGAUUGCCGGCUUGUUCUGCUGGAGGUUGGGCUGGAGAGUGCCUCCCGUGACAUGCUCCAAGUGCAGAGGGCAGCCAACGAGUUUCCGCACUGCAGCCUCAUCCGACUCGGUGCUCGCAGGAGCGUUUCGCACCAGUGGAAGGGCCGGUGUUGGCAUCUCAGCGGCCCCUGCGAGGAAGUGCUGAGCCGCCUGGCAGAGGCGCUGGGAGACGCGCCAGAGGAGGUGUCUGCGGUUACGAGCAGUGAAGGGAGGGAGCAAGUGGCGCCCUUGGAGCCGACGGAGCCGACGGAGCAGGCAGCUGACAACCCAACUGUCGAGAGGAGUCAGAGUCAAAGAGGUUCUGCGGCCUCAGGCAAAGCUUCCAAGGCCGAUGUCAAAUCUGAAGCUGAUGCAGCUGAUGGCUUGGUUCACUGGGAUGAAAUACCAGAAUCAGAGGUCAAAGAGGAGGAUGCGCUAAACCAAUUGUCUGCCUUUGCGGCAGGCGUGUAUGCCAGCACAGCUGCAGCACUUGACCCAGAAUCAGGGAGCGAGGAGAGCGAGCUCAAAGCUGCAGGCGACGGUGCAGAUGCUGCAAGUGACGAGGGUUGA